AUGGCUCCACAUCCAGUGGUUCAGGCUAUUAUUGACCUUUCUGCAGGAGCCGUAGGAGGUGCUGCGUGUGUCUUUAGUGGCCAGCCUUUGGAUACUGCCAAGGUCAAGAUGCAGACCUUUCCUACAAUGUACCGAGGAUUUGUCCACUGUUUCAUGUCUACCUAUAGACAAAUGGGCGUGCGUGGUCUGUACCAGGGCACCACUCCAGCUCUUAUGGCCAACAUUGCUGAGAACUCAGUUCUCUUUAUGAGUUAUGGUUUCUGUCAGCAAGUCAUACGCUUGGCUGCGGGCCUGCCCAGUGAAACCGUCCUGAGUGACAUGCAGAAAGCCUGUGCUGGCUCAGUGGCCUCCAUUUUCUCCUCUCUGGUGCUUUGUCCCACUGAACUUGUCAAGUGUCGCCUGCAAGCCAUGUAUGAGAUGGAGGCCUCAGGGAAGAUUUCUAAAAGCCACAAUACAGUGUGGUCUGUGGUGAAAUCAAUAAUGAAGACUGAGGGGUUUGUGGGCUUCUUCAAUGGCCUGACCACGACCAUUGCCAGAGAGGUGCCUGGGUACUUCUGCUUCUUUGGAGCAUAUGAGCUUUGUCGUUCAACCUUUGCUGAACACAUGAAAUGUGACAAAGAUGACAUCGGUGUGCUGCCAAUCAUCUUCAGUGGGGGCUUGGGGGGCGGGUGCUUGUGGCUGGUGGUUUAUCCUAUGGACUGUGUCAAGUCCAGGAUUCAGGUCAUGUCCAUGACAGCCAAACAAGGUGGCUUUUUCAAGACUUUAAUGACCAUUGCACGCACAGAAGGAGUUCGAGCACUUUACUCUGGUCUCACCCCCACUAUGGUCCGAACAUUUCCUGCCAACGGAGCCCUGUUCCUCGGAUAUGAAGCUAGCCGUAAAUUCAUGAUGAAACAGUUUGACAGUUGA